GUUUUUUUCUUUGUCUUUUUUCCGAGAGUACACCGCAACAGUGUGCCAUGGAACCAUAUGAACAGUUCGUAUGCUGAAAUAAACUAAAACGCGAGUUCAACGAUCCUCAAUUGGUCGCUAAAUGAAUGUCACUUUUCCAAGCUGGACCCAUUUCACCCAUCACUGUUUCGUGUCUCUGAAAGGUCCAGCAAUGCCAACAACUCCAAUUGGGGGACAGAGAAAGCUCGUUUUUUAGCUGCAAAGCAUCACAUAAUUGAUGUGCUCUAUCUGAAAGAGUUUGCUUUGAGUUUGAGCUUCCACAAUGGCGUUGUCAAAGUUAAUUUGGAUUAGUUGAGGUGGUAGCGAUACUGGCACAAUUGAAUUUCCUAUGGAAUUCCGUCUCUCCUUAGUUCUCAUUCUGGUUUCUCUCCCUGCAAUUUUAGCUCAAGGUGUUGGGAAUACUAAAAAAGUUGGAAAUGUUAAGGUUGUGGUUAAUGGGAUUUUAGCUAUUGCACAAGUUGAUAAUAAUUUCAUCUGUGCCACUAUUGAUUGGUGGAAUCAUGAAAAGUGCGACUACAACCAGUGUCCAUGGGGAUCUGCAUCUGCGUUAAAUUUGAACUUGUCUCAUCCUUUGCUUGCCAAGUCAAUCCAAGCUUUCAAUCAGUUAAGGAUCAGAAUUGGAGGUUCCUUGGAAGACCAACUCUUGUACGAUGUAGGAAAUUUGAAAUAUCCUUGCCAUCCUUUCAGAAAGCAGAGUCAUAGCUUGUUUGGAUUUUCUAGAGGAUGUUUACCUAUGAGUAGAUGGGAUGAACUGAACCAAUUUUUCAGUAAGACAAGGCCCAUCAUCACAUUUAGCUUGAAUGCACUGUCAGGGAGGCACCACAAAAGCGGGGGUGUUUGGGUUGGAGAUUGGGACUCUAGCAACACUUAUGAUUUUAUUAAUUAUACCGUUUCAAAGGGAUACCAGAUAGAUUCAUGGGAAUUCGGUAAUGAGCUCAGUGGUCGUGGUGUUGGAGCUAGUGUUGGAGCUGAACAAUAUGGAAAAGACUUGAUCAAGCUUAAACAUAUUAUCAACCAGUUGUACAAUAAGUCCCGCACUAAACCUGCACUUGUGGCACCUGGAGGAUUCUAUGACCAAGCAUGGUUUGCCAAGCUUCUUCAGGUUUCUGGUUCAGGGAUAGUCAAUGUUAUCACUCAGCAUAUGUACAAUUUGGGUGCAGGUGUUGAUCCCAAGUUGGUGAGCAGAAUUUUGAAUCCCGGUUACUUGGACCGUGCAUCUGGAACAUUCCGUGAUCUUGAGCAAACGGUGAAAAAGAACGGCCCUUGGGCUUCUAUAUGGGUCGGAGAGUCUGGAGGGGCUUAUAACAGUGGUGGUCGUAAUGUGUCUGACACAUUUGUGAACAGCUUUUGGUACUUGGAUCAGCUUGGAAUGUCAGCCAAGUACAAUACCAGAGUAUAUUGCAGGCAGUCUUUAGUUGGUGGAAACUAUGGUCUCCUGAACAGAACGUCAUUUGUUCCUAACCCUGAUUACUACAGUGCGCUUCUAUGGCAUCGACUUAUGGGACAAGGUGUUCUUGCUGUUAACAGCAAUGCUUCUGCAGAUUUACGCACUUACGCCCAUUGUGCAAGAGGAAGAGCAGGUAUAACUGUAGUCCUUAUCAAUUUUAGCAAUGACACCGAUUUCAUUGUCAAUGUUGAAAAUAUUUUGGACUUCAAUCUGGGUGCUCACGAGAGAAACAUUAGCAAAGAAAGUUAUUUCAAGCGCAGCCUUAAGAAAACGGUGUCAUGGGUAGGACGCAAAGCAUUAGACAAACCAGUUUACAGAGAAGAAUACCAUUUGACACCAAAAAAGGGGAACCUUAGAAGCAAAACCAUGGUUCUCAAUGGAGCUCCAUUGGAGAUUACUAAGGACGGAAACAUCCCAGAAUUGGAACCUGCUCAUGUCCUUGCAAAUUCUCCGCUAACGAUCAGCCCUUUGUCCAUCAAGUUUGUAGUGUUGCCUUACUUUGAUGCUCACUACGCUUGUGCAUGAUUUCUCUGUACUUUGACCCUUGGUCAACUAGCAUACACCUAAGUUGCAGAAUUUGUGAGCCAAUGGCAAUUGUAAAAUCUGUACAAUAAACAAGAAAUAUUCUCAGCACAUAUUUCAUGCGGAGAACAAGCUGAAAAAAAAAAGGGAGAAGUUUAUGAUAAGUAACUUAUGUUUCAUAUUG